AUGGGGGAGGGGCUGUUCCAGCUGCACAUCUGGGACGUGGGCGGGCAGAGCUCUCUCCGCUCCUAUUGGCGCAAUUACUUCGAGAGCACGGACGGGCUGCUCUGGGUGGUGGACAGCAGCGACAGGCAGAGGCUGAAACCCCUGUGUGACCCCAGGUUCCAGCUGCACAUCUGGGACGUGGGCGGGCAGAGCUCUCUCCGCUCCUAUUGGCGCAAUUACUUCGAGAGCACGGACGGGCUGCUCUGGGUGGUGGACAGCAGCGACAGGCAGAGGCUGAAAGUGUGUGCCCAGGAGCUGAGAACGCUGCUGAGAGAGGAGCGCCUGGCCGGGGCCACCCUGCUGGUGUUCGCCAACAAGCAGGACCUGCCCGGGGCGCUGCCGGCCGGGGACAUCCGCCAGGUACCGGCACCCCAAAACACCCAAACACCCCGGGAGGGACCCCAGAAACCCCCCAGGGACCCC